AUGACCGUCUCUGAAGCGCAAACACGGCAAGAUGACUUGAAAUUCACGGAAGAUACACAGAGCGUAGAGGUUAUCGAUGAAGAGCCCGGAGACGAUACGAACUUAGAUGCGACGACCAAGAAACAGAAAGAGAAGGAGCCGCAGCGCGAGCGCGAGCUGGGGAAGUCAAUCUUACCAUUCUCGAGAGUGCAGAAGAUAAUCAAAGCGGACAAGGAACUUCCAAUAGUCGCACGCGACGCGACUUUCUUAGUCUCACUUGCCACCGAGGAAUUCAUAAAAAGACUUUCAGAGGCAUGCCAGAAACUCGCGGAGCGGGAGAAACGAACAACUGUGCAGCAGAAGGACGUUGCAAGUGUAGUGCGGCGAGCAGAGGAAUUUAUGUUCCUUGAGGAGAUCAUCGCUUUUCAACGCACAGAACCUCCACAGAAACGCAAACCUAAAGCAUUACAGAAUGCGGAGAGCCAGAGUGAACCAACAAUGCUCGAUAAGUUUGUUGCUAGAGGAGAGGAGAGUCAGGAACUGGAUAAUACACCCCCUCCGGAUGUUGUCAUGGAUGAAGAUGGGACAAUGUAUGCAGGAUAA